AUGAAGGUAUUUUCGAGUUAUGGACCGAUUCUGAUAGGAUUUUUGGCGGUUUGCCGGUGCUCGUCGAUCGCCGUGAGUGGAACGGAAGGUAACACCACAGUGGCUGAUCCCUCGGCCGGCAACGAUCGAACGAAACGAUCGCUCGUCUACACGUACAACAGUUGCGCCGGGGUCCUGUUUGCGCUCUCCCUUCCGCUGGUCAUCACGGGAAGAAACAUUUUCUUUUCGUACAACUUUGAGAUGAACUACAACAUGCCCACGGACUCGACGGACUACACUCAGGGCAUCCUCAAGAAGGGCGAUACCAAUGAGAUUGAAGGUGGAGUAGCUUCGCGUCGUUCCCGCGAAGCGGACUCCGUCGGAGUCCGAAGGCCGAGUAUUACGCGCAAGAAGGUGUACCGUAUGAUCGAGCUCAACCUGGAACGGUAUGGGUUCGCCGGCAAACGGUGCAUCCUGCGGAUGAUCUGUGACCUGGCGCAGAGUCCGGUGCACGGCGAGAACGGAGUGUUUGGCGACUUGAUGCAAAUAGUAUUCACGCCAUCGCUAUCGAUCGAUGAACGGUUACCGAGCGAGUUCGGACACGCUGAGUGGCUUGGGCACGCGCAACGGAACUGCACCAAGUACCGAGCACACUGCCCUACGAACCCGAUGGAUCUAAUGAGCAUACUGGUGGGAACAGAUUAG